AAUAACUACACCACCAUGCCUGAUCCAAUAAGAUGCUCAGGGAGCAUCGACUCCCGUGAGCUGCGCUUCUCGCGCACAAUGAUCUUCGCCAUCGAGGAGAUCAACAACAGCACGAAGCUGCUGCCGGGCAUCAAACUCGGUUAUAAGAUCUACGACUCAUGCGCGUCCGUGCCUGUUGCUGUGCACGUGGCAUUCCAGCUUCUAAGCGGUCUGGACUCGGUGUUUUAUGCCGGGGACAAUUGCACUCAGUCGAGUAAAGUGAUGGCCGUCGUCGGUGAGUCCGGGUCCACGCCAUCCAUCAGCAUGUCGCGCAUCAUCGGGCCCUUUAACGUUCCUCAGGUUAGUCACUUUGCCACCUGUGCAUGCCUGUCUGAUAAGCAACAGUACCCCAGUUUCUUCAGAACCAUUCCGAGUGACCAGUUCCAGGCUGACGCGCUGGCAAAGCUGGUCAAACACUUUGGUUGGACUUGGAUAGGUGCUAUCCGGUCGGAUUCGGAUUAUGGGAACAGUGGCAUGGCGUCUUUCCUGGACGCAGCGCACAAAGAGGGGAUCUGUGUGGAAUAUUCUGAAUCUUUCUAUCGGACCGACCCGCGAAGCAGGAUCCAGAGAGUAGCUGACAUCAUCCGCAGGUCGACAGCUUUGGUAAUCGUGGCAUUUACAACACCUGGAGACUUUAGGAUUCUGCUGGAGGAGCUGUCGCUGAAGCCCUCCCCACCUCGCCAGUGGAUAGGCAGCGAGUCCUGGGUAACUGACCCAUCCAUGCUGCAGUUCCGUUUCUGCGCUGGAGCAAUCGGAUUUGGCAUUGAGCGAUCUGUCAUCCCAGGUCUGAGAGACUUCCUGCUGGAUCUCCCUCCAUCUGAAGUGUCUGCCUCUCCGGUGCUGACUGAGUUCUGGGAGGAACAAUUCAACUGCAGGCUGGAAAAAAGAUCAGCUACGGACAAGAAUGUGUGUGAUGGAACUGAAGACAUAAACAAAAUCCACAGCCCGUACACUGACACAUCUCAGCUUCGAAUCACUAACAUGGUGUACAAGGCUGUUUAUGCUAUAGCACAUGCCAUUCAUAACGCAGUGUGUCAGGAAACACAUUAUAUAACCCAGUGCAACAAACUCACCAGCAUAGAGAUCGAACAGGUUCUUACACGACUGAAACAUAUGAAUAUUUCACAAAAUGGUUACGAAGUGUCAUUUGACGUCAACGGGGAUCCUGUGGCCACGUACGAACUGGUGAACUGGCAAAACACUGAGACUGGCAGCAUUGAGUUGGUGACAGUAGGACACUACGAUGCAUCACUGCCUGCGGGCCAGGAGCUCCGUGUCAACAAAAGCCUCACCUGGGUGGAAGGUGGCACCCAGGUGCCUGUGUCAGUGUGCACCGUCAGCUGUCCUGCAGGAACUCGUAAAGUGCUGCAGAAAGGAAAACCCAUCUGCUGUUUUGAUUGUAUACCCUGUCCUGAGGGAGAGAUCAGCAAUGCCACAGGUAUACUGUCUUUGUGACGGUAGAUUAGAUGAACGCUGGCACAUGUC